AUGGCGCCAGCUCAAACCAAGCAGCAGACCUACGUCCUCGGCGUAGGUCUGACCAAGUUCAUCAAGCCCCGUGGCCUAAGAGAUUACCCUGACAUGGGCUACGAGGCUGGACUCAAGGCCCUGCUUGAUGCCCAGAUCAAUUAUGACGAGGUCCAGACAGGUAUCGCGUGCUUCUGCAACGGCGACUCGGGCUCAGGCCAACGCGUUUUCUAUCAGUUCGGCAUGACGGGCAUCCCUAUAUACAACACCAACAACACUUGUGCCUCAGGAUCGAGCGGUAUCUACCUCGCUCGCACCCUGAUCGAGAAUGGCGCUGCCGACUGCAUCCUGGUGGUCGGUUUCGAGAAGAUGCAGCCCGGCAGCAUCACGAGCCCCUGGACUGAUCGAUCGCGGCCGACGGAGCUCAGCGGCAAGAUGAUGGAUAAGUUAUGGGGAACGGCUCCGGGUUCGCUCAACCACCAAUACUUUGGAAACGCUGGGAGGGAAUACAUGAACAAGUAUGUAACGCCACUGUACGGAGCGAAGGCCGAAGACUUUGCAGAGAUCGGCCGUAUCAGCCACGAGCACUCGCAGCGUAAUCCAUAUGCGCAGUUCCGCCAGAAGUAUACCCUACAGGAGAUUCUGGAUGCGCCUAUGAUCUUUGAGCCAUUGACCAAACUCCAAUGUAGUCCCACGAGUGAUGGUGCCGCGGCAGCCGUCAUUGUGUCCCAGAAGUUCCUCGAUGCUCGGCCUCACCUUAAUCAAGCCAUGCUCAUCGCUGGCCAGCAGCUCGUCACUGACAAGCCCGCACUCUAUGCCGGAAGCUGCAUGGACUUGAUCGGCUAUGAUAUGAGCAAGAGAGCUGCCGAGGCCGCGAUGAAGCAAGCAGGCAUUACCCCAGCGGAUGUGAAAGUGUGCGAGCUCCACGAUUGCUUUUCGGCCAACGAGCUUAUCCUGCUUGAGGCUCUGGGCUUCUCUGAAGUCGGCAAAGCGCACGAGAUGGUACGGAGAGGAGACAUUACGUACGGAGGCCAGGUCGUAAUUAAUCCAUCAGGCGGACUCACUUCUAAGGGCCACCCACUCGGUGCCACAGGUCUCGCGCAAUGUGCCGAGUUAGUUUGGCAGCUCCGAGGCUGGGCUAACAACCGACUGGUCGAGGACAUCGACGUGGCCUUACAGCACAAUCUCGGUUUAGGUGGUGCUACCGUGGUGACGGUGUACAAGCGCAUUGGGGGAAAGAAGAGUAGCAAAGUCAGUAAUGAAGAGGUAGCGAGAACAACGUGGCACGGGUACAACCCUGCCGUGGAGGCCAGGGGCGUCAAUGAGGCUGAUGCGGCCAGAGUUCGGAGCAAGACGUGCAGCAGCGAGUGGGCACGCUCCGAUGUGCAGAGCAAGGUAGAGCCACACCUUUGA